AUGGAGGGUGAAAUGAAGAGAAAGUUUGUAAGGGCAUACGGAAGGAGAUUAAGACUGGUGCUGAAAUCAAAACUGAAUGGCAGAAACAAAAUCAUGGCGAUGAAUACUUGGGUUGUUGCGCUGCUGAGGUACGGAGCUGGUGUUUUGAAAUGGACAAAAGAUGAAAUUGCUGCAAUGGAUUGCAAAAUACGUAAACUGAUGACACUGUAUGGUGCUCUUCACCCAAGAAGUGACAAUCAUCGAUUAUAUUUACCGAGAGAAAAAGGCGGAAGAGGUUUGAUCAGUUGUGAAGGAUGCAUUCGUACAGAGGAGAACAGUUUGGGAUGGUAUGUAAAGAACAGUGUGGAACCACUUUUACAACAAGUUGCAAAAACAGGUGUGAUUGAAACGGAAAGAUGCGAAACAAAAGAAAAUUUUAAGAAGAAAGCAGUAGAGGAGCUAGAGAAAGCUGGGAUUGACAAGAAAAUGUAUGGACAAUAUAACAGAGAUUUAGGUAAAGAAGUGGAUAGGGAGAAGACAUGGUGGUAG